GAUGCCGUUGUCCAACACCUCAACUGUUUCAAGGCUUCAAAUUGCUAUUGCUUCUGUAGCAAACCACAAGGUUCCUAUAUUAUCAAGUUUCAAGACUAUGAAGUUUGGUAAUGGUAGGUGCCUAAAAAUUUCAGCAGCAAAGACCUGUAAGAACCAUAAUUUUCUGAUUCGCUCAUUGGUUGGAGAUUCUAGUGAUCCAGUUCGGGUAGAUGUGCCAUUUCCUAGUGAUUACUCUGACCUCCUUUUACAAGCGAAAAAAGCAACUGAAUUGGCUUUGGAGGAUGACAAGCAGUUAAUGGAGAUUGAAUUUCCAACUGCUGGACUUGAAUCUGUACCAGGUGAUGGUGAGGGAGGUACCGAAAUGACAGAAAGCAUGCUGUUGAUCCGACAGUUUUGUGACUGCUUCAUAAAGCCAGAGAAAGCUUCAAGGACCAGAAUUUUUUUCCCAGAGGCCAGUGAAGUUGAAUUUGCGAGAAAAUCAGCCUUUGGUGGUGCUUCAUUUAAGCUAGAUUAUUUGACAAAGCCAUCAAUUUUUGAAGAUUUUGGUUUUGUCUCAAAGGUGAAAAUGGCAGAUCGUGUGAAACCAGAGGAUGAACUUUUUCUUGUUGCAUAUCCAUAUUUUAAUGUCAACGAAAUGCUAGUGGUGGAAGAACUUUAUAGAGAAGCUGUGGAGAAUACUGCUCGAAAAUUGAUUGUAUUCAAUGGAGAAAUCGAUCGGAUAAGAAGUGGAUUGGACCUUGAGGUGAACUUAGAUUAUCCACCAUUCUUCUACCCAAAGCUGGCCGGACUUGCCAAGAACUUCCUGCCUAAGAUGGAAACUGUAUAUUAUAUACACAAUUUUAAAGGGCGGAAUGGAGGAAAACUUUUCAGGUGCUACCCUGGCCCCUGGAAGGUCAUGAAGAAAGUGAACAAUACGUACGUCUGUCUGCAUGAGCAGGAAGCGAUGCCAUCCCUCAAGGAAGUUGCCCUGGAGAUUCUUCCAUCAGCUUAAACUUUGCAGAUAUGCAAGAAGAACUCUAGUUAAUUGGCACAUUCAUACAUAUAUAAAUUCUUGUCUCCCUGUACAUUGCUAUAGAAGCAAGCAUGUGUAUGUCUUUUGGAUUUUGCAGGUCAAGUCAGAGCAUUCAUAAAAAUUUGAUGGAUUAGGGACUUUUUAAUCCAGUAAAAGGCUGAUUGGGCUAGAUUCUUGCAGGAGCACCCAAUAAUUUAUUUAGUGAGGGGGCUACUGAAAAUGAUCUGUAUUUGGGUCCUUACCAAGAAUGGUGAACUUAAAGGAUGUUGAUAUG